ACUCCUUGGCAGCUGCUGACAUUUCCCGAGAUUGGCUGCGGCGGCAAGAAUUUGCCGUUGGCCCUCCGCCAAAACAAUUAAAGAGAGCAAGGCUGAGUCUGCAGGAUGGACCCCUUCAGCACGGUAGUGUGAGUAGAGCUCAUAGCAAAAGUUCGGUCACAUCACGUUGUGUGCCGCCCAGAGAUGAGAGAUGCUUAGAGCCAGCCAUGCUUGGCUAACACAGCAAAUCCGGGGUUCAGGAAUAUACAUAUCGUGACACCUCUCUCACAUUCAAGUCCAGAAUUGCAUUCACUUGUCCAAAAUACCACAUCCAGGACCCACAUCCUCCCUUGCAUCGCAGCUCCCGCGACCUGCUAAGCACACAUAUACGAAAAAAGACACACUAGCACGCCAAAAAAUGUCGACUUCAAUAUUGAUCAGGUUAGAUGAGAGUGGCAAUAUAGGAAAUGUAGCCGUGGCCUCCGUCACGACCGCGUCUUUCUGCUUGCUCUGGGUUUAUGUCGCCACCCGGGUUAGUCGACAUGACCCAGCCAGGAAGACUUUCGCUGUCUGGAUGCAAAUACUUUUACCAAUCCAAGUACUGCUUGCUGUUUUAUAUCUGAGCGAGUCAGCAACCAAAAUCCAGUACGGUUAUAUCACGAGACCUGAACCCGAUUCAUUAUAUCCUUGGCGGUCGUGGAGUUCCCGCAACAAGUACUACGAUACAGAUACACUGCAGCUGGCAAUUAGGCUAGCCAGAAUCUCUGGCCUUGUGAACCUCUUCUCCCGGCUGGCCGACGCCGUCAUACUUAUCAUCUUUUUCGAGCUGGGCCACGGCUUCAUGUAUGCGCGCCUCGGGACCGUCACCGUCUACCGCUCCGUGCUGCGAUCCUUGUCGGUCACCAUCGCCCUGGUCGCGGCGGUAACAGCGCUGGCCUCCACCGGCAUCUAUAUGGCAAAUGUAGAAUCUUGGCUCGAAGAAAUCUACAAGUAUCAUGAGCACUGGAGCAUGACCGACUUUAGAACCUACGCCAACGCCACCGUGGCGGCCGACGUGCUGCGCUGGGCCGCGACGCUGCCGGCCAUCGCUUAUGCCGCACAUGUUGUAAAAGUCUGGAGCGGCCCGGGUAUCCGACUCAUCACGGGACGGUAUCUUUUUGCCAUCGGCAUCAUGUUUCUUCGCUGCUUCACGUUUAUCGGAUUCGAGGGGACACUCGGUCCUGAUAUGACUCCUUCUGACCCGGCGGCGGCGAGGGGAACGUUCAGGGAGGGUUCGAGUUGGCCAUCUGUAAAGCUCGCAGCUCACGCCCUGAGUUGGUUUUUCUUUGUCAUGGUCACCGUAAUUCUUGCAAGCUUCGGUGCCAAGAACAAUGAUGGCCUGUGGACGACAAAACAGCCUUUCCAUGCCGACUGUUCUCCUAUUCCCGACCCUACUUUUGGCGAUGAGGGACAAUCGACUGUAAUGAUGAACCAAUUACAUGUUAGUGAUGACGAAAGGACCAUGGUAUCCAUCGGGUCCAUGGGUAGGAGUGCCGCGAGGCACGACGGACAAACAAGGGUGUAAUAUUGGAUAAUGCUUUCAGGGGUUUGGUUUCAAUCAUGUUGCUUUGCAUAACUGAAUCGCUUUCUCGUUUAGAAUGGUAUGGUAAUGAGUCUAAUUGAGUAGAAGACCGCUGCAUUUGUGCAUGAACCUGUGUAUAUAUCUAUUCUGGGGCAUCUUCCCAUUCGGUGAUAUGUUACUUCACGUCAGUGUCUUCCAAC